AAAUGGAGAGUAGAAGCAUUCAAGUCUUUUCGGCGCACAGACAACCUAUUGGCCAUGAAUAUCUUGGCACCUCUUCUGUUUCUAUAUCUUAUUUUAGUCUGCCAAGCAUGGAAACCAAAGGAACAUGAUGACCGAUGCCAGAUCACCGCUCAAACGUCCAAAAACAAGUGCUCGCACCACCGGUGGUAUUUAGAUCAGAAAACCAAACGAUGCCUACAAAGUUGCGACCCAGCAGCGCCAUUUUCAAACAAGAUACAGUGCGAAGGCGUAUGUCGAAAUGGCAAAGUUUGUGAUUACCCGAUGGCAAGCGUAAUCUGCUUUGGCAAGGUGUUUCCUGUGUACAUUUAUAAUCCCAACAAGGGAAGAUGCUUCUUCGCAUACGACUGUUCCUAUUUCGGAAACAAGUUUCCCACUCUUGGAGAAUGCCAGCGCACCUGUGAAAAGCGUACCGGUAGCCGCCCACUUCCAGGCCUAACAGGCAAAUUGGUUCCGCAAGUUACAUUACAGUCUACAAUAGCUGCUGGAUCAGGGCUCGUGGCACAACAAACAGGAAUAGCUGCAGGAGAGCAACAAUCGGAAGGCACCACAGCAACUGGCACCCAUGUUGCCGGCUCUGCAGCCAGUUUCAGUCCAUCUGCAGGCGUAGGUCAAGCUACCACGUUGCCGUCGCAGUCGAGUCUUGCCACAGACAGUGGAGUGACCCAAACAACAAACGCAGUCCAAGGCUCAACGAUUCCGGCGAUGAGCAGCAGCCAAGUCUCUUCCCCGACAAACAUUGUCAACGCAUCUCCGCCCCAUCAGCUACCUCUGCUGCCACCGAAAAAUCCACCGAUUGUGCAAGUAACAAUGCAGCAACUAGCACCUGAACAACAAGAAGUGAAAUUUGCGCCAGGGAGCGAUCAAGAAGCCUGCACGCCACCUUGCAUGUUCAAUAUAUCGGUUCCACAGCAAGGUAACCUACAGCCGAACUUCACAGCUGUCAAGAUACAUGAAAAGCCUAAACCCCCUAGAACUGACAAGCGAUGCAAGGUUAUUGCCACUAUUCCAACAUACAAAUGUCGUGAAAGGUGGUUCUUCAAUAAAAAAACGGGAGCCUGCCUUCCAAGCUGCAGUAGAAGGGCACCUUUCAGGAACAAGAUUGCCUGCGAUGGAGUUUGUCGAUCUGCGGAAGCUUGCAAUUUCCCUAUGGCAAGCAUUCCCUGUUUUCUUCAGGUGCACGAAGUGUUCAUUUACAAUUCCAACCAGAAUUCGUGCUUCAAGGCAUACGACUGUUCUUAUUUCGGAAAUAAAUUCCCUACAAUGCAGGAAUGUCAAAGAACUUGCAGAAAGGGUGGAUCACGACAGCACUUGGCAGGAACAGCAACGGGCACCUCUCUGACAUCGACGCAAAUGCCAAAUAUCGGAUCUAAUGUGGGUCUUCAACCAGCUUCGUCAAAUUCAGCUGCAUCUCUUGGAGCUGGUCUUCGUGGUAACGGAAUAGGCUCGGGUGGAUCACAACACCAGUUGGCAGGAUCAGCAACGGGCCCCUCUCUGCCAUCGACGCAAAUGCAAAAUACCGGAUCUAAUGUGGGUCAUCAACCAGCUUCAUCAAAUUCAGCUGUAUCUCUUGGAGCGGCUAUUCCUGGUAACGGAAUAGGCACGGGUGGAUCCCAACAGCAAUUGGCAGGAUCAGCAACGGGCCCCUCUCUGCCAUCGACGCAAAUGCAAAAUACCGGAUCUAAUGUGGGUCAUCAACCAGCUUCGUCAAGUUCAGCUUCAUCUCUUGGAACGGGUCUUCCUGGUAAUGGAAUAGGCACGGGUGGGACACAACAGCAAUUUGCAGGAUCAGCAACGGGCACCUCUCUGCCACCGACGCAAAUGCAAAAUACCGGAUCUAAUGUGGGUCAUCAACCAGCUUCGUCAAAUUCCGCUUCAUCUCUAGGAGCGGGUGUUCCUGGUAAUGGACUAGGCACGGGUGGAUCACAACAGCAAUUUGCAGGAUCCGCAACGGGCACCUCUCUGCCACCGACGCAAAUGCAAACUACCGGAUCUAAUGUGGGUCAUCAGCCAGCUUCGUCAAAUUCAGCUUCAUCUCUUGAAGCGGGUGUUCCUGGUAAUGGACUAGGCAGGGGUGGAUCCCUACAGCAAUUGGCAGGAUCAGCAACGGGCCCCUCUCUGUCAUCGACGCAAAUGCAAAAUACCAGAUCUACUGUGGGUCAUCAACCAGCUUCGUCAAAUUCAGCUGCAUCUCUUAGAGCAGGUCUUCCUGGUAACGGAAUCGGCACGGGUGGAUCACAACUGCAAUUGGCAGGAUCAACAGCGGGCCCCUCUCUGCCAUCGACGCAAAUGCAAAAUACCGGAUCUACUGUGGAUCAUCAACCAGUUUCGUCAAAUUCAGCUGCAUCUCUUCGAGCGGGUCUUUCCGGUACCGGAAUAGGCACGAGUGGAUCACAACAACAAUUGGCAGGAUCAACAACGGGCCCCUCUCUGCCAUCGACGCAAAUGCAAAAUUCCGGAUCUACUGUGGGUCAUCAACCAGCUUCGUCAAAUUCAGCUGCAUCGCUCGGAGCGGGUCUUCCUGUUAACGGAAUGGGCACGGGUGGAUCACAACAGCAAUUUGCAGGAUCAGCAACGGGCUCCUCUCUGCCAUCGACGCAAAUGCAAAAUAACGGAUCUACUGUGGGUCUUCAAGCAGCUUCGUCAAAUUCAGCUGCAUCUCUCGUAGCGGGUCUUCCUGGUAACGGAACAGGCACGGGAGCAGGACAAGACGGGCCAAGAAACCCCAUAUUGACUGGCAGUGAAGCAACGGGUGAAGGGACAAGUUUUAAUGCAUCUGCUGGCCAGCAAGCAGGCCCUUCAAUGCCAGUGAAACCAAAUGACCAAGGACUGGUGAUGCCAACGCCAGGCUUGGGCGGAGCACAACAGCAGGUGGGAAAUGACAACGCGAGCACCUCCCAACUGUACGGCCAGACGAGCAGUUCCGAUAUAACGGCGAGUCAUCAAGCAAGUCCGUCACUUUCAGGAAUGUCAACUGGAUCAAGCCUUGGAGGACACCAACCGCCAACAGGCGCGGCCCAACAGCAAAUCCCAAAUGUCACGACCAGCAGUACUCUAGCCUCUGGGCCCGCGCAGAAUUCGGGGUCAAGUGCGGGUGUUCUGCCGGCUCCCUCACUUUCAGCUACAUCAAUGGGCACAAGCAUGGUAGAACACCAACUUGGAACAGCACAAGUUUCUGCAAGCUCUUCAUCGAAUAGCGCGCCUGUGGAAGGUAGCACAGCAGGCCUGUUGACGCAAGAAGUUGGUGUAACUGGUGCAGGUGUAUUGGCUGAGCAGCCAACAAUAGGUAGCACGCAUGAAUCCGCUAACCAUGCCGGGAGCAGUAUCCACGGAUCUGGCUUACCAAACAAUUCUAACGCACCUGGGAUCCAAAAACCUGGCUCCUCUGAGCCGAUGAAACCUAGUGGCCCAGGAUACGGAGCGCCACAACAAGGCCAAGGGCAAAAUGAAUCGACGGGCUCUGAAGCCUCCGGCCAGACGAUCACCGUGACACAGCAACAUAGCCAUAGUGACAAAAAAUUAUCGCUCAAAGAUGCGUAUGAUCACCGAUGUAAAAAUACAUAUAGCUGGCGAUCGGGAAACUGCACCACGGAACGAUGGUUCUACAAUCGACGAGCAAGAGAAUGUCGACCAAGUUGCAACCAAGCGGCGCCAUUUCAUGCGAAAAUAGAUUGCGAUGGCAUAUGCAGAAGUGCUGAAGCUUGUGACUUCCCGAUGGCAAGCAUAUUCUGCGUAAGGCCAAGGCAUGUGAUUUACAUUUACAAUCCGAACAAGCGCAGAUGCUUCCAAGCGCAUGACUGUUCCUACUAUGGAAACAAAUUCCCCACAUUGAGAGAGUGUCGACGCACUUGUAUAAAAGGCUCAGCACAAAAUGUGUUGCCGAGUUCGACGGGAAGUAUCUCUCAAUCCUCUGGCCAUGUAUCGACAUCCGAUUCACGUUGGGGUCAGCAAUCAGCUCUGUCACCAUCUGGAUCGUCAACUGGCACAGGACUUCUAGCGAAUGCACAAGCAAGGGGCUCAGCACAAAAGCCAUUGCCAAGUUCGACGGGAAGUGUCUCUCAAUCCUCUGGCCAGAAAUCCACUUCCGAUUCACAUCGGCGACAGCAAUCAGCUCCAUCACAGUCUGGUACAGCGCUUCCAGUGAACGUACUAGGAACGGGUUUGCCUAAGCCGGUUCCAGCACUGGCCAAGAAAACCACCUCUCAUCACGCCAGCCAGAAUCCUAAGGCAUCUGCAGUGAGUUCUUAUGGAAUUUCUUCAGAAGAUGAGGCAACAGUCAAUGUGAAGUCAAUAAAGAAAUAGCGAUGGCUCUCAGAUUUGCAGAGCAUUUAUAAAAAUAAUUUGACAACAUCUCUGUGACAUCUGGA